AUGUUCAAGAUUGUUUGCCUUUUCGCCAUCCUGGCCGUUGCCUCCGUGUCGGCGAAGGCUGACCCUAAGCCAGGCGUGUUGGCGUACGCCGCGCCGGCCGCUUAUGUCGCUGCUCCGGCUGCCUAUGUCGCCGAGGGUGCCGCCGUUUACGAACGGACCUUCCACGGCAAUGCCGCCCCUCUUGCCUACGCCGCGUACGCCGCCCCGUACCCUUAUGCUGCCGCUCCGUUGGCCUACUCCGCGCCAGCCCUGUUCAAAAUGUGCAAAAUGCUGUUGAUCUUCAAGAGAACAUUCCAAGGAGAACAACAUAAGGAACUCUUGUUAGCCCCGAAAGCCCUCAACAACUCAACUCGAACCAAAAUGUUCACCAAACUGAUCUGCCUUGCCGCUCUGGCCAUCUCGUGUGCUUCGGCCAAGCCAGGACUCGUGGCGCCCGUAGCGUACGCCGCCGGCCCAGCCGUAGUGACCGCGCAAAGCUCGCAGGUUGUCGCCCGGAACUACAACGGAAUCGCUCCGCUAGCGUAUGCUGCCCCAGCCGUGGCUUAUGCUGCUGCCCCAGCCGUCGCUAAGGUUGCGGCCCCGCUAGCGUACGCUGCCGCCCCUCAUGCUCAUGUGGCCGCUCCGGUCGCUUACGCUGCACCCUACGCUGCUCCUUACGCUGCUCCUUACGCUGCUCCGUUCGCCACUCCGUUUGCCGCCCCGUACGCCCAUGCUCAUUAUGCUGCGCCGUAUGCUGCGCCCUAUGCUGCGCCUUAUGCGGCCGCCUAUGCUGCACCGUAUGCUGCCCGUGCUCCGUAUCAGCUGUGUGCCGGAGUGUAUCCGUACGCGUACGGUGCCCCGGUAGCCUCAACCUACUCCACCUACUCCGGAGCACCCGUCUACUCCACGUACUCUGCGGCCCAAAGCUCCCAGGUGUUCGCCCGGACGUACAACGGAUUCGCUCCCUUCCCGGGCGUGGUGCCCGCGGCCAUUCCGGCUCCCGUGCCCGUCCCACUGCCCGCUCCGACGUUCUUCGUGCCCGCUCCACCGACCCAGUUCUACUAUCCACAUCCGGUGGUCUACAGUCCGCCGGUGGCGGUUCCGGUCCCAGCCGUUCCGGCCGUUCCCGCGGCCCCGGCUGCUGCGCCGGUUGCUAAGCUGGUUGCGCCAGUCGCGAAGGUAGCGAAACUGACCAACUCCCCGAACAAAAUGUCUGCCAAAAUUGUGAUCUGUCUGGUUGCCUGCGUGCUGGGAGCUGUGUCCGCCGGGGUCUUCCCUGUCGCUGCGCCGUUGGCCGCCGCAGGAGUAGUCGCUCCGUACGCCACCUCCUACAACGCGCACACCAUCAAUCACGCCGUGGCGGCACCGGUUGUUGCUGCUGCCCCCGCCCUCGUAGCUCCGGCGGCACGGUUCGUGGCCGCCGCCCCGGCACCGCUGGCCGCGCCACUCGCCUACACCGCCGCCGGUCUGCCCGCGUACAGUCCUUACGCGGCGCUCAACGGACUUCCGGCGCCGUAUGUGUUCUAA